AUGGCAUCAUUAUGCGAUACAAUGCGUCGUCAAAUAUUAUCGCGUGCAUUUUAUGGUUGGCUAGCAUAUUGUCGUCAUUUAAAAACUGUUCGUACACAUUUAAUAACUCUUGUUUAUCCAAUACCAAUAGAAAUGAAUGAACGAGUAGAUAAACAUUUAUCUUUAACAAUUCAAUCAUGGACAGAAUUAUUUCUUGAUAAACAAAAUGAAAAUUUAUCUAUUGAUAAAAAAGAGAUUUAUCGAAGAAUUUAUGCUGGUGGUUGUGAUUCAUCAAUUCGAAAACAAGUUUGGCCAUUUCUUUUUUCACAUUAUUCAUUUGAAUCAACAAAUGAUGAACGAAUAGAGAUUGAUCAAAUAAUAACUGAUCGUUAUAAUAAAUUAAUAAAUGAAUGGCAAAAUGCUGAAGAAACAAUUAUUAAACUUGAUAUUCAACGUUCAAAUUGUUCUAAAAAUUCAACAACAUAUCUAGAAACAAAUCAAAAUUCAAAUGAAACAAUAAUAUCAUCAGUUAAAAAUAUUCUUACUAAAAAUUUAUCAUCAAAUCCUCAUAGUCUACAACAAAAAGAUUCAAAUAUAUCAAAUGAAGUUUUCUUUGAAGAAUCUCCAAUACAUACUGUAGCUAUUCCAAUUCAAGAAGAAACAAAUAAAUCAACAAUAGCAUACAAUCAAGCAGUACUUAUUGCUCGUACACAUACAGAAUCUGUUAUUGAUCGUUCAUCGCCUUAUAAUAUUAUUGAAACAGAUACAGAUGAUGAUGAUGGGAAUCUAAAUUUUAAAACUAUUGAAGAUAAUAAUGAAACGAUAAUACCUGAACAAGAUGAUGAACAGAACGAAAUAAUAUCAUCGGCGUCAAGCGUUACAUCUACAACUGAUGUUUAUAUGGAUGCUGUUGAAAUUUUAAAUGACGAACAACCAAAUGGUUCAUUAACACCGAUUUAUUAUGGUUCAUUUUCAAAAGAAACUGUCGAUACAUUUUCAACUAAUUUACAUCGAAUUGAUAAAGAUGUGGCAAGAUGUGAUAGGAAUUAUCCAUAUUUUAUGAAUUCAAAGAAUUUAAAAAAAUUACGAAAUAUUAUGUGCACAUAUAUAUGGGAUAAUUUGACAAUUGGUUAUAUUCAAGGCAUGUGUGAUCUUGUUGCACCAUUAUUAGUUAUUUUUGAUGAAGAAGUAAUAACAUAUAGUUGUUUUUGUCAUUUAAUGAAACGUCUUUUACCAAAUUUUCCUAAUGGAACUGGUAUGGAUGAACAUUUAGGUCAUAUGCGUUCAUUAUUACAAAUUCUUGAUUCUGAACUUUAUGAACAUAUACAUCAUACAGGAGAUUUUACACAUUUUUAUUUUUGUUAUCGAUGGUUUUUACUUGAUUUAAAACGAGAAUUUAUUUAUGAGGAUAUAUUUCUUGUAUGGGAAGUAAUAGCUGCUGCACGACGAACAGUUUCAAAACGAUUUGUUUUAUUUAUUGCAUUAGCAAUGAUGAAAUAUUAUCGAGAUAUAAUCUUAGAUAAUCGAAUGAAUUUUACAGAUAUUAUUAAAUUUUUUAAUGAAACGGCUGAAAAACAUGAUGCUCAAGAAAUUUUACGCAUAGCACGUGAACUUAUGCUCGAAUUACAAAAAUUAAUUGAUAACAAAUAA